AAAUGGGGAAGUCUUACACAUAAUUCCCUAAAACGACAUUCUCCCUGGCUAAAAAACGCAACUUACACUCAUCCUCCUCACCCACAGCACAGCCUCCCUCCAAUAACCGACCCGCCACUUCUAGCCCAAUUCACUUGCCCAUUUCCCCAUUUUCAUAGAAUCCCGAGAGUGCCCAGCUCUCUACCGCAGCACCAGUUGAACCCAACUUCACCGGGCCUUAUUGUCGUCUACGAGUCCCAAUAGCAGCGUCACACGCCAAUACAGAGGACUGCUUCUUCGGCUGCCAGACUGAGGACCUGACGAAAUCGACAGGACAUAGCUCACCUGACGCUGCUCCUUUCCCGAACGUCACGCCCUGCACAGAUUGUUCUCAGAUUAUUGUGGGCUUGAUUGAACCCAAAUUAAGUUGGAGUACUUACCUGAGCCUCCCCUAUAAGAGAUGAAAUUGGCCUUUUGGCCGAAAGAAGUGUAAACGAAGAUAUGGCAAUAAUACGACAGAGAAUGGUGACUACACUGCCUAAGCUGAUACAAAGUCUGCGAAAGCCCGCAAUAGAGGAAAGGAGUCAAGCAUUGCCAUCGCUGAGACGCGCUUUCUCUCUCUACGAUCAGAUCAAUCUCAUUGACAAUGUUCCUCAGGACCAACUCCGUUUUCAAGGGUAUACUAACACGGGAUUCACAGUGAAUGGGGUCGAGUACGAAGGUAGCUUGCUUUGUGUUGGCAACUUGCUUCUAUCUUGGUCUCCCAAACACCUAUCUCAGAUUACUCCUGAAAGCUUAUCCAUCUUCCGCAUUUUGC